AUGAUGAUGCUCCAACAACGAAAACUAACCAGCCUCCUAAACAAAAUCCUAACCAACCCCACCCCAAACAUCACCCCCAUAUCAAUCUCAAUCCUCUCGCAAGGUUCACCCCUUCUAACGCUAUCGACACCAACGCUAACGAGCGACCAGCUCCGCAUAUACGCCUUGUUCGCGUACUCGGCGCUCGAUCAAGAGCAAAAAUGGACCAUUGUGGAUUUCGGCAGGGGUGUCAAGUGCAUCAUAUCCCGUUUUAGUCCCACGGGGGAUACUUUAUCUAAUGGAAAUGACGCACAUGAUGCACACGAUGGACAAAGUUCCGAGAGUACAUUUUACGUUGUGUUGUUCUAUCACGCGGGUGAUGAUGAUGAUGAUGGCGAUGGUGGUGAUGUGGCUGAUUCUGUCGCCAAGUUGAAGGUUGAUUGUUUGGUUGAGGCGUUGAAGGUUGGAUUGCGGGGCUACGUUGGUGUUGAUCACUAA